GCUCAUGCUAACAAUAACUGCAACGUUUCCGGUUGCUGAGACAGAAAGUAGGAUUACCAUAUUGGCAACAUGUCGAUUUUACAAAAAAUUGCAGAUAUUGAGGCCGAGAUGGCCAGGACUCAAAAAAAUAAAGCAACAAGUGGACAUUUAGGACUGCUUAAAGCUAAAUUAGCUAAGCUACGUCGUGAACUUAUCGAACCAAAAGGUGGAGGUGGUGGUGCUGGAGAGGGUUUUGAUGUAGCAAAAACAGGAGAUGCUCGAAUUGGGUUUGUUGGAUUUCCAUCUGUUGGUAAGUCAACUUUACUCAGUAAUUUGGCAGGAGUUUAUUCAGAAGUUGCUGCUUAUGAGUUUACAACGCUCACUACUGUUCCUGGAGUCAUCCGAUAUAAAGGUGCAAAAAUACAACUACUGGAUUUACCAGGUAUUAUUGAGGGUGCAAAAGAUGGAAAGGGUAGAGGCAAGCAAGUUAUUGCAGUUGCAAGAACCUGCAGUCUUAUCUUUAUUGUUCUUGAUGUACUGAAACCACUACAACAUAAGAGGAUUAUUGAAAGAGAACUGGAGGGGUUUGGCAUUCGACUUAAUAAAGAACCUCCUAAUAUACAGUUUAAAAAAAAAGACAAAGGAGGGUUGAACCUUACUAGUCUUGUCCAGCAAAGUGAACUUGAUCAUGAUCUAGUGAAAACAAUUCUUAAUGAAUACAAGAUCCACAAUGCUGAUAUUACAUUAAGAUAUGAUGCCACAACUGAAGACCUCAUUGAUGUCAUUGAAGGAAACAGGGUUUACAUUCCUUGUAUUUAUUUGCUUAACAAAAUAGAUCAGAUUUCAGUUGAGGAGCUGGACAUAAUUUAUAAAAUUCCCCACACUGUUCCAAUCUCAGCUCAUCACAAAUGGAACUUUGAUGACUUGUUAGAGAAAAUGUGGGAUUACCUGAAACUAGUUCGAAUUUACACUAAACCUAAAGGACAGCUUCCUGACUAUUCAUCUCCUGUUGUACUCAAGGAGGGCAAGAGUUCUGUGGAGGAUUUUUGUAACAAACUUCACAGAAGUAUUAUAAAGGAGUUUAAAAUUGCUUUGGUAUGGGGUUCCUCAGUAAAGCAUUGCCCACAAAGAGUUGGCAAAGAACAUAUAUUGUGUGAUGAGGAUGUAGUUCAAAUAAUAAAAAAAGUUUAAAAUUUUGGCUUAUGGCCCCCAUCUGGUGGAAUUGGCUGCUUUUCUACCACUGAAGUUGAAGCAGAAUGGCCUUUAACAGUUUGAUAAGAAGUAGAGCACUGAAUUGAAGAGGUUUAUUCUUCUAUGUCAGUGUUUGUAAAGAUUUAUGUUUGAAUGUUGAACAAAUGGAACAGAAAUGUAUGAGCAAAUGAAAGAUUUUAAAUUGUGCAUUAUUAAUUAAAUCAUAAAAAAAAAUUGGCAGUGAAUCAUUUGAAUGUAAAGUAUUUUUAAAAAAAUUGGUAAUUAAUAAACAAUUUGCGUGUUUACUAAA